AUGCCAUCUUUAUCAACCUUCCAAUACGACAGCGCCCAGGCCGUCUUCGACCUCCUCGAGCGCCAGUUCAGCCUCACCGAUGACUUCCUCAUCGAACUCACCAAGGCGUUCCUCGAGGAGUUCAAGGUUGGACUCUCCAGCUAUAACCAUGCAAUGGCGAUGAUUCCGACUUUCGUUACUGGUGUCCCCGACGGUACAGAAACUGGCACCUUCCUCGCCCUCGACCUUGGUGGUACCAACCUUCGCGUGUGCGAGGUAGUCCUGAAGGGUGACAAGACCUUCAACCUGGUCCAGCAGAAGUAUAAAGUGACCGAGAAGCUGAAAGCAGGCGAAGCAACAGCCCUCUUCGAUUAUCUUGCCGACUCCGUUGAUGCCUUCCUCACCACACACGCGACCACGGACUACACCUCGCCUCAGGACAGUAUUCCAGGAGAUUCCGCGUCAUCCCAUAUCCCCCUCGGAAUGACAUUCUCUUUCCCAGUCGAACAGACCGCCCUUGACUCUGGGAAGAUCCUUACCUGGACCAAAGGUUUCUCCGCCAAGAACGCCGUUGGAAAUGAUGUUGUCAAACUCCUCCAAGACGCGUUUGACCGAAAGCAUAUGCGUGUCAAAUGUGUUGCCUUGGUGAACGAUACUGUUGGAGCUCUGCUCUCGCGAGCAUACACUGCCGGUGGUUGUAUCGCGGGAGCCAUCUUCGGAACGGGCACGAACGGCGCGUACAUUGAACAAAUUGCGAAUAUCCCGAAGCUUUCAGGUUCCGCAGCUGCAGCGAAAGGCGGUCAAAUGGUCAUCAACACGGAGUGGGGAGCCUUCAACAACUCUCGCUCCCACCUUCCCACCACGCCAUACGACAGCGCACUCGAUCGUCUGAGCAUUAAUCCCAAAUUCCAAGCUUUCGAGAAAUUUAUAUCUGGCAUGUACCUCGGCGAGAUCGUACGCCACACCCUCGUCUCCUUGGUUGAUGCCGUUCCCAAACCCCUUCUUUUCUCUGGAAAAUCUACUACUGCCCUCAACACGCACUACGGCAUUGAUACCAGUCUGAUGAGUGCGACGGAGAAAGCAUGGAUCGGCGACGACCCUAGCCCCAACGCUUUCGUUCUCCCGCCUUUGUCUUCCGAGUUCUCUGAGUCUGAAUUGUCGCCCAAAGUCAUUCCUAAAUUGAACCGAAUCCGGGCGGCUAUUUCUCAACACUUGGGAUUCAAGGAAGAGGACGUCUCGUUCCGCGAUGCUGCAAUUGUCCGUUGGAUAUCUUCGUUGGUUGCACGGAGAGCAGCCCUCCUCAGCGGUGUCGCCGUUGCUACUGUGCUCAUCCAAACCGAGCAUGCAGUCCUCAAAGGGAAAUCCAUGCCUGUCAAGGGACUGAACGACAGGCUCGGUGUUGGCGUAGAUGGAAGUCUCAUCGAACACUAUCCCAACUUCCAAAAUAUCUUGCGUGAGUCUCUGAGAACCCUCGUCGGAGAAGACGUUGAGCAGCGGGUGGAGAUUGGUCUCGCGAAAGACGGAAGCGGUGUCGGUGCUGCCCUCUGCGCCUCCAUGGCCGUGAAACACACAUCUUGA